AGGCCUGAAAAUCAAAGGAACAACAUGUAGUCGGGUAAAAAGAGAGAGCCUUUCGAUCCACCAGAUGGGCUAUCCUUUUACUACUCCGUCCUACAAAUCGUACACUAAGCCCAAUGUGAAUAGCCAAACAUUGCACGACCUCAUGAAAGAUGGCUUCAGCCUGGCUAUCACGAACAUUCGCCAUAUUGAUUUUAUCCAUGACCACUUUAGCAUCGCCUUCCAGCCGUGCCUCAGAGAAACCGUUUGCCAGACAACCACUGAAUGGUCACUCAAACAACCAGGAGCUCAACGACCAUGGGAUCAUCUAUCCCGUUAAAAUGAAUCCAUUUAACCAAGAGGAUCAUCCCAACUUGGUUUCUGAAAAUCAUACCCCAGCCGAAUGGGAUCCCUUUUUCGUCGCUCCAUCCCACAUAGGCACAUACAGAUAAUCGAGCUAGGAAGACCGUGAUUCAAGUGACUCUCCUAUGGGAUGGCAAUCAAAGCAUAAAGGCUGGUUCUUUUAUGUAUUUAUUUUUUUCCCCGUUGAAAAUUGGAAAACAAGAAAGCUGGAAAGGUAAAAAAAAAAACCAACGGGCGGAGUGGGCACUUUUAGGCUGGAAACUCAGCCCACCACCAACUGCAAUCUAUCAACACUCGCCAUCGUAGAAAAUCACAUCAUCUCCACGGGACCUCUAUGAAUCUGAGUGGAAAAAAUUCCAUGGAGAGAAGGCUUUGAUUGGUGGAGGGUUUUCGAUAAAGAAAGCCUGACAGACGCCAUUGAUCGUCUUUUUUUCCUUCUUUUCCCGUUUCCUUUCUCUUUUCAUCGUUUCUCUGGACAUCAUCGUCGUAGCCAUUUGCCCGGGGAGAUCUGACUCCUGGAUUCAGGAACCCAUCUCUGAAUUAUCGUUUGACCCAAAUGGAUUCAUCGUCGGAUCCAUCGUUUACCCGACAAAGAAAUCUUCAUCAAAUCCUUGGAGAAGGUUUAGUUGCAGAUGUAGUACUAUGGAGGCAAAGCAACAUCUCAGCCGGGAUAUUACUAGUAACAGUAGCUUCUUGGGUGGUUUUUGAGAUCUCUGGCUACACUCUUCUCUCACUUGUUUCUAGUGUGCUUCUCCUCCUUCUCACCAUUCUAUUUCUCUGGGCCAAAUCAGCUGCAAUUCUCAACAGACCUCCUCCGCCUCUACCAAAGUUGCAGCUCUCAGAAGAAAUGGUGAAUCAAGCUGCAAAUUUGUUCAGAACCCAUGUGAAUGAGCUGCUUGCCGUUUCUCAGAACAUUGCUCUGGGGAAAGACACAAAGCUCUUCUUCAAAGUGGCUGCAUAUCUCUUGCUAAUAGCCAUUGUUGGUGGCAUGACUGAUCUUCUCGCGUUGGGCUACACUAGUCUGCUGAUGAUUUUGACCGUGCCAGUACUGUACGAGAGAUAUGGGGAUGAUGUUGAUAGAUACAUUAAGAUGACUAGCUACGAGUUACAGAAACUGUAUAACAAAAUUGAUGUGGAGGUUAUUGGUAGAGUGAAAAAAUGUAUAUUGGAGAAGCAGAAACUAAGUUGAUUCCUUCCAUUUUACUUCUUUUUUUCUUUUCUUUUCCAAUUUGGAUGUGUCCUUCGAGGUGCUGAGUGAUAAUGAAUAGGCGCUCUUUUGUGGGUCUGGUAGCUUUGCUAAUUCUUCCUUCUCCCUCUUCCGGGUUUUGUUUUUGUUUCCUGGGCCAGCAGUUUUUGGUUUUCCUGGUGUUGGCUUGCAAAACCUCAAUACAUAUAUAGAAGCUAUAGACAAAACAAGAGAAAUGGCUACCUCGACAGCAAACUGUGUCUUCUGUUUUUUUGCAUCUUUUCCAGUCUCGAUCCUGUUAUUUUAUAUUCUGUUUAAUGGGGGAAAACUCUUGAUCUUAGAGUUAAUGUUUUAUCUUUCCCCAGUAAUCUUCUUUUCUGUCUCCUGUAAUCUAAGUUCUUAUAGGAUAGGACUAUUGUAAUCUGAUUGAAGUUAGGGAUGGAAGGCUACUUGUGAUUAGGGGUAGGAAUCGGCCGAUUCGGUUCCAAAUCGAGUCUAUUGAGAUUGGACUGGAGAAAAAACAGAGGAAAAAUGAUGACUAGAACCGGACCAAAAACAUGUUUGGUUCGUUUGAUUCGACUUAGUCUAGUUUAGAUUCCACUUCGGUCAAUUUUUUCAUCAUUCUUUAAAAUAAUUUAUAGGACCAAAACCGAAUUGAAAUAUAUUCGAUCCGAUCCAAUUCGGUCCAAAUAUUGAUUCGGUGCGAUGUUAACCAGAUCGUUACACACCCCUACUUGUGAUUGUAGUUUGCAAAGGCUCGUAUGUAUAGUACCUUUUUGUUUUUUUUAUAAGAAACGAAUAUCUAGCCAUGAUUUUUUUUUGUCAUUAGAUCACUCCGGAAAGAGGUGGAAAGCAAGAUUUAAACAUAACUAGUAUAUGUAACUAUUGAAACAUCACUAAGUAGUAGUAAUAUUGAAGCUCGGAACUGUUCGAAGUGAUCAAAUAAGGUAUUAGUAUGACGAGCCAUCAAAUUGGUAACUCUAUUACAAUUGAUCGAUGAACCAAAAGCCAAAACUUGGAGAAGAAUAUAAGAGGCCGCCAAUUUGGAGGGCUCGAUAGUGUUGCAUGAUAGAAACAUACCCUUAAGGUUUUUAAUAUAUUUUAUGAGGGAUUAUGGGAGUUAUUGGUAUUUUGGUAAAUCACAAGAAUUAGAUGAAACAUAAGAGAAUUUUUCAAGUUAUAUAUUCUGUAGUUGUAUAGGAGAAUUCAUUAAGUAAUAACAUAACAAGUAUUUCAUAAAUCUAAUUAUCUCUCUCCUCUUAAUUUCGUUAUCUCUUUCUCCCAAUUUUCCUCUCAUUCGUCUUCUUCCUCCAAAUUGGCUGAGAGCCUCUCUUCUUCUUCCCCAAAUUCUACUUCUAAUCCUCCUUGAAUUCUACCCAUAUUCUCUCCAAAUUAAUGUCUUAUCCCUAAUGUCACAUGUCGAAAAGCAUUUUGUCUAACAACAGUAUCUAAGUUUGGUUGGGAGCCAGGAUCCUUACAUAGAGAAGAUAUCUUCGGAGCAAGCUUUGUGAGAUACUUUAGAGCUUGAAGAUUUUACUAGUAGAAGGAUUCAAGAAGGUGAUCGUGAUGAUGAUGGAUCAUCAUAUCAAGCUUGACUACCCACUUAAGGAUAUUGUGUCUACACUCUGCACUUAAGAAAAAUGCACAGAAGGCUAGUGAAAGACACGAAGGAGAAUGAAAAAAUCAUGUUGGUGAUCCGAAUCUUGGUGAAUAGAGCAACAAACCUCCACGCAACAGCCUUGAAACGACGAGAGUGAUCAUAUCAUCACUCACUAUGGCUCAAGCAGUCGAGGAAGUGAUCAAUGACAAGGAGGACAAUGAUGACGCUCAAAUUGUAGUGUUUAUCACUCCCAAUAAUGAUACAUUCUCCUU